AUGGUGGACAAUGUUGAACCUAUUGUGGAUCCCAAUGAACAAGUCAUGGAUAUUAUAAAUGAUGCUUUUCCAUUUCCAUCGACCAACAUUAAUCAGGAAGAGGAAGAUGACGUGCCUACCCCAAUGGAUAGUGCAGAGUUUGAACAAUAUGAACAACUGUUAAAACAUGCAAACCAAGAGUUAUACCCGGGGUGCGAGAGCUUUUCCGUUCUGACGGCCAUUGUGGAGCUAAUGCACGGAAAAAUAAAGUAUUAUAUGUUGAACUGGUGUUUCGAUUACUUUUUGUUGGUUUUCAAGAGAAUGCUUCCGACGGACAAUUGUUUGCCGAAAGACCAUAGACACGCGCAAAAGGUGUUGAAUCGUCUUGGAUUGGACAUGAGAUGGCAUAAGGAAAAACGGGUAGACGACGAUGUGAUGUGUCAUCCUGCAGAUAGGGAGGCAUGGAAAGAGUUCGAUCGAACAUUCCCCGAGUUUGCUGCUGAUUCCCGAAAUGUUAGAUUCGGACUUGCCACGGACGGAUUCAAUCCGUAUGGGAUUCUAAACCAACACCACAACACUUGGCUGAUUUUUGUAUUCCCAUAUAAUUUGCCGCCUUGGAAAUGCAUGAAAAAGAAUACAUAA